AUGGGUGGAAGAUUAUUUCAACAAUGGGUUGUUGAUAGUUACGUCAAGGUCGAAAAAGAUAGAAUGAAUUUUUGUAGAAUGAACCAGAAAAAGAUACGGGCUGAUAGUUAUCAGGGAUUAAUUGAUCAUUUGCAACAAAGAGCGACUGAAACUGAUAGGCAAGUUGGAAAAAUGAUAAUUUUACCUCCAACAUUCACAGGUUCACCACGUAAUAUGCUGCAACAUUAUCAGGAUGCUAUGGCUGUCGUAAGGAAGUUCGGUAAACCUGAUCUGUUCAUAACUAUGACAUGCAAUCCAAAUUGGCGUGAAAUUAAAGAAAAUCUGCUACUUGGACAGACACCAUCAGAUAGGCCAGACUUAGUUUCACGUGUUUUUGAUAUCAAAAAAGAUGAGUUCGUCAAAAAAAUUGUUAAAGAAAAUAUUUUCGGGGAAAUACUGGCGUAUGUGUUUGUUAUAGAAUAUCAAAAACGAGGAUUACCUCAUGGUCAUUUUUUAUUUACACUUAAACAACAAAGUAAAAUUACAACUCCAGAUAUCGUUAAUAAAUAUAUUUCCGCAGAGAUUCCAGAUAUAAAUGUAAACCCUAGACUACACAAUAUCGUCAUGAAAAAUAUGAUUCAUGGCCUGUGUGGGGAUUGGUGCAAAGAUGAUACGGGGCAUGAUGCUGCUUUCAUCGUGGUUACUGAUACUACGAAUUCUACUGAUAAGCCUAUUGAUCAUGAUGAAAUUAAAAAUCAUAUAGAAACUCGAUAUGUCAGUCCUGUUGAAGCAUGUGAUCGAAUUUUUGGAAGGCCAUUGCAACAUAAAAGUCAUUCUAUAUCACGAUUACCAGUUCAUUUACCGAAUCAACAAAGUGUAAUAAUCGAUGAUGAAGCAGGUAAAGAAUCUAUACGUGCUUCUAUGGACAAACAAACGAUGUUAAUGGAAUACUUUGCUCUAAAUCAACGUGAUUUAUCAGCACGAACGUUUACAUACACAGAGAUUUCGGGGCAUUAUGUAUUUAAUAAACAAUCUGGUCUGAAUCAAUCAUCGUGGAAACCACGAAAACGACAAUUCAACAUUAUCGGCAGAAUGUAUUUCAUAAGUCCAAGUCAAGUUGAAUUGUUUCAUCUACGUCUGCUACUUAUAACCGUAAAAAGAGCAACGAGUUUCGAAAAUCUAAGAACGGUAGAUGGUAUGACACAUGACACUUACCGUAGUGCAUGUUUGGCAUUGGGUCUUAUUGAAGAUGAUGCUGAAUGGGAUCGUGCAAUGACAGAAGAAAAAAAACUUUGGGAAGAUCAUAAAGAUGGUAUGUCAGAAGAUUUCAAGAGAACAUACAGCUUGAACCAAUCUUAUGCAAGAUCAUAUCAUGAAAUAAACACUCAUCUUUCCCGAGAACGAUCAGCACUUAGUAAGUUUCCAACAAUGCCAUUAUUGACUGACUUUGAACCUGUAGACAAUCUUAAUGAUGAAGAAAUAAUUCCAUUGCAGCGCCAUGAAGAAAUUGGUUCAGCUCAAUAUGCAAAACUAAAUACGAAGCAAAAAGUUAUUGUCGACAAAAUUUUGAAUGCUGUUUUGUCAGAUCAAAGAACUUCAAAUUCAUGUUUUUUUAUUGAUGGACCAGGAGGUUCUGGAAAAACAUUCGUUUAUAGCACAAUAUAUCAUUUAUUAAAAAGUAAAAGGAAAAAAAUAUCUACAACAGCUUUUACAGGUAUUGCGGCUAUAUCACUACCAGAAGGAAGAACCAUGCAUAAUGUUUUUGGCAUGCUUGUUCCGAUGUAUGCUGACUCAAUAUCCAGCAUCAAAUGCCAAUCAAAAGAAGCAGAAAAACUAGUAAACACUGAUGUAUUGAUUUGCGAUGAAGCACCAAUGGCCCCAAGAUAUUGCAUGGAAUUAGCAGAUCGGACCUAUCGGGAUGUAACGAAAGUUGAUUUGUCUUUUGGUGGAAGAAUUGUACUCAUGGGUGGUGAUUUUCGACAAUUAUUGCCAGUUUUAAAAAAUGAGUUACGAAAGAAAGCCCGUAGUGCAUUUAAAAAAGAUCUUAGAAAAUCAUUCAUCAAUGCAAUUUAUGGUAAAACUCUAGAGUCUGUAAGAACUCGUAAAUUAAUAACACUUGUACAAAAAUAUGGUGGUAAAGGCGGAGCAAGAUCAUUUGAUUAUUGA